AUGUCUUGGGACUUUCUUGUGCCGGUGUGCAUCGGCGAUUUGGUGAAAACUGGUGGAAUCAAUCAGUAUGUAGUACAAGAUGUAGCUUCCCCUAAACAAAUCCCACAAUGUCUCAGCAGAUUCAAGGCAGAACUGCGAAGCAAAGGGCCCAUGUGCAUUUUGCAACACUUUGACACUGGAUACAGCUUGCUACAACACAGCAAAUCAGUUGAACUUGGCGUAAAAGAGGAUGCUUUAGAAUUGCUCAUUCAAGUUGUUGCGGGCCUGGCUACUUCGCUGCCUGCUCUUCUGAUGUCAACCUCCACACCGGCUGUAGAACGCAAAGAAAACCUGAAUGCAGUUAAAAUGAGUGUCUACUUGCUCUGUAAACUCUCAGAGAUGCUCGAGAGUGACUCGUACAGACAAAGUAUUAUAACUGCACCAGGAAAGGGAGGGAAAAAGGGGAAGGCAGGUGAGGGAAUACCUCAGUGGGACAGUGAGAGGGAGGCUGUUCUACAGUCCUUGGUUCAGCUCUUCCAGCUGGACAUUCGUUCUUUGUGGAACCUCUCUCUGGUGGAGGAAGAGUUUAUUAGCUGUGUCACCUGCUGCUGCUACAAAUUGCUUGAGAACCCAACCAUCAGUCAUGUUAAAAGCAAACCCACAAGAGACGGCAUCAUCCACCUCCUGGGAGUUAUGAUUAAGAAAUACAACCAUCUUCUCGGGGCGAGUGUGAAGGUGAUUCAGUUGCUCCAACACUUUGAGCAGCUGUCCUCUGUAUUUGCUCAAGCAGUGUCUGUUUGGAGCAAUGAGUAUGGUGUCCGAGCAAUUAUAGGAGAAGUCAUAAGGGAGAUUGGUUUGAAGUCAAGUGAGGAGCUUGCCAGAGAGGGUUCAGGGGUUAAAGCCUUUGCUGCAUUUCUUUCUGAACUUGGAUCCCUUGUCCCUGAACUGUUGAUUCCCUUCAUCAGUGUGUUAAUUACCCACCUGGAAGGAGAGAGCCACACGAUGCGUACCGCCGUCUGUGAGGUGCUGGGGGACAUCUUAGUUCGUGUUCUGUGUGGAGAUGGACUCGAUGAAGCGGGAAAAGCUGACCGCGAUCGCUUCUUUGACACGCUGCAGGAACAUCUACACGACACAAACUCCCACGUCAGGGCCAGGGUCAUCCAAGUGUUCGCUCGAAUCGUGAACAGCAAAGCACUGCCAUUGUGCCGUUACAGUGAGGUGAUGAAGCUCACAGUGGGGAGACUCAUGGACAAGUCAAUAAAUGUGGUUAAGAGUGCCAUCCAGCUCCUGGCAGCAUUCAUAGCACACAAUCCGUACAGCUGCAAGUUGAGCAGUGAAGAUCUGAAAAAACCCCUGGAGAAAGAGAAGUCCAAACUCAAGGAGAUGAAGGAGAAGCUCAUUGGAAAAGUCCCAGUGGCUGUGAUAAAGGCAUCUGAGCUGUGGGCCGCCAUGGAGCCGGAGCUGCUGGAGACCGUCAUAGCUGAGCUCGAGCCCAGAGCUGACAGUGAAGGAGAGAAGGAAGGGGAAGAGGAUGAGGAUGAGGAUGACAGGACUACCGGGGUGAAGAUUGCUCAGUGCCUUCGUGACAAUAAAUACAGAAAUGCAGUGCGGCUGUGUAUAAAGGCCCAUAGAUGUUUCCCAGAGUCUGACAUCUUCUCUCGUCUGUCCACUCUCUCUUCUGAGACUUUAAUGGACACUCUGGCAUUCAUCUUCAAAGGUUCUGAUGAGGACUCUGCAGACGUGAGCCAAAAUCUUCCCCCAACUCCACAAAAAGAGAAGGAGGGUGACGAGAGCGAGGUUAAGAAACAGGAGAUGUUGGUUCAAUAUUUGACGGAUACAGAAGCCUUCGCUCUGCAGGUGGAGAAAGCCAUCGCUGUCAUCAACACAAUGCUCUACUGGAAAACCACUUCAGUGGUACAGGAGGCUGUGCAGUUUUGUGUUACUGUCUGCGAGUUCAGCGUUGCAAACUCCAUCAGUGGCGUGCGUAAGAUGUUGCCACUGGUUUGGUCGACCGACGCUGCUAUAAAGGAUGCUGUGGUUCAGGCCUACAGGCGUCUCUACCUCAACCCUCAAGGAGAUAGCAUCAGGACAAAAGCGCAGACUCUGGUUGACAACCUUUCCGAGUUGAUGGUUGAUGCAUCUCUGGGAACAAUCCAAUGCCUGGAAGAAAUUGUACAAGAGUUCUUUGGCAGUGGCAGCAGUCUACAGUCCACUGUGAUACAGGUCCUAUGGGAAAGAUUCACUGGGAAACGAGAGACCUCCAGCCUUCAUAGAAGAGCCGCUCUGCUGUUACUGGGCAUGGCUGCUAGAUCAGAGCGGGAGGUUGUGCUCAGCAAUUUGGAUACUUUGUGCUCUGUUGCUUUGGGAGAAAAAGUGACAGAAGAUUUCCUUCUGGCCCGAGACACCGUGAUGACCAUCUGCAGCAUCACAGACCACGUCAGACAGUCAAAAGGAGCUCCUUUUAGGCUUCCCCAGGAACACCAGCUCUUCACCGCUCUGUCUCACGCCAUUGCUGAAGGUGUUGUGAUGGAGGACCCAUUCUGGCAGAGCUUCAUGGAGCAGGCAGUCAGACUCAUCUACUUCUUGGCAGAGUCUCCUGAUCAACUCUGCUCACGUCUCCUGCAGCGCUGCGCUCGCCUCCUCCUCGAUCAGAUCGCAGACAGUGGAGAGAUGAACAAAAACUCUGUGCAAGAGGGCUCCCAAGACUCAGAGCAAGGGGAGCAAGUGAGCAGUGUAUGUCUGGCACAGCUGCUGGGGCUCUGCGGCUGUGUGGCGUUCUGGCAAGUGUCUCAUCUAGAGCGCAGUGUGAGCGCGGAGCUGCGGAGGAGGAGAGGAGAGACUGAGGAGAGGGAGGAGAAGGAUAAGGGGCCGUCUAAGUCUAAGCAAACAGCCAAUGAAAGUGCCAUGGAGGAGGAGCUGGGCUUGAUGGGAGCUUCUGCUGAAGACACAGAGGCCGAACUGAUUAGAAAAAUCUGUGAGACUGAACUACUCGCUGAGGAGAACCUGCUCUGUGCCUUCUUGCCUCUGCUGGUGAAAGUCUGCAGCUCUCCAGGACGAUACUCUCACCCACAGCUCACCACUGCAGCCUGUCUCGCACUCUCGCAAUUCAUGAUGAUCAGCCCGUCCACCUGUGAGGAGAACCUGCGUCUGAUGUUCACUGUCCUAGAGCGCUCGUCCCUCCCAGUCGUCAGGGCCAACGGAAUUAUUGCCCUCGGAGACCUCACCGUGCGCUUCCCCAACAUCCUGGAGCCCUGGACUCAGAACCUCUAUGCAAGACUGGGUGACGAGGAGCCAUCCGUGAGGCAGACCGCUGUGACAGUUCUAACGCAGCUCGUCUUGAAGGAUGUGCUCAAAGUCAAAGGGCAGAUCAGUGAGGUUGCACUGCUGCUAAUUGACCCCGAGCCACACAUCGCAAGCCUUGCCCUGAACUUCUUCAAUGAGCUGUCCUCCAAGGACAAUGCCAUUUACAACUUGCUCCCAGACAUCAUCAGUCGACUGUCUGAUCCAGAGAGGGGAAUGAACUCUGAGGACUUCAAUAUAAUCAUGAAGCAGCUGUUUUCUUACAUUACUAAAGAAAGGCAAACAGAAUCCCUGGUUGAAAAACUCUGUCAGCGCUUCAGGACCGCCAAGACUGAGAGGCAGUGGUGUGACUUGGCCGUGUCCUUAUCCCUGCUGUCCAUGUGUGAACGUGGCUUCAAGCGGCUGCAGGAGUGUUGGGAAUGUUACAGCGAUAAACUGACAGAACCAGGAGUCUACCAACCACUGCUCACCAUCAUGGCCAAGCUCCGGCGAGGAGCCAAGGCGCAGUUUAAGGCUCAAGUGGACGAGUUUGAAAAGCGUCUGACUGCCGUCCACACGAAAGGCCUGGAGAACGUAGAGAGCCCAGAGAUGGAGGAGGAGAACCAGAAGGCUGAGAAGACUGCUCUGCACACGCCCCUGCCGGCACGAGGCCGGCCCAAGCCCAAGAAGGGUCAGAGAAAGGCUUCCUCGAGCCAUGCGGAUGACAGCUUUGUUACACCUCGGAAUACUCGCAAAUCAAAGAAGACGAUGAUCACAUUCAGCAGCGAUGAGGAGGAUGAAGAGGAUGCCGUAAUGACGGAGAAUGAGACGCCUAAAGUUACGACACCCAUUGCUCGUACCUCUCGCCGAACUCGCCUCAGAAAUUAA